AUGUCGCUGCUCCUGCUGUCCGUCUACGGCUUCUCUCCCGCUGGCGACGAAGUCAAGGCCCUCCCAGGCUGGUAUGGCGCGCUCCCUUCCCGCCAGUUCUCUGGCUAUCUUAGCGUCGGCGAGCACAAGAAGCUGCAUUACUGGCUGGUCGAGGCCGAGGCCCGCCCAGAGUCGGCGCCUCUUGUGCUGUGGCUGAACGGUGGGCCUGGCUGCUCAAGCUUGGACGGCUUCAUCUACGAGCAUGGGCCGUUCCGGACGAGUCCCGAGGAUCCCACCAAGCUCAUCCGAUUCGAGCACGCGUGGUCCAAGGUCGCCAACAUGCUGUACCUGGAGGCGCCAGCAGGCACCCACGCGCACGCGGCCCUGCACUUGAAAGGAAGCUCUGUGGAGAUCGCUCGGCCGUGCUCCGACUACCGGACGGACGACGACCAAACGGCGGCGGACAGCGCAAGUGCGCUGCAGGCCUUCUUCGAGGCGUUCCCUCGCUUCCGGAGCGCCUCGAUGUUCAUCACGGGCGAGUCGUACGCCGGCGUGUACGUGCCGACCCUCGCCGAAGCGGUGCUUGCGCUCGUGGACAAGGGAAGGUGGAAGGGCGCCGCGCUCGAAGGCAUCGCCGUCGGGAACGGCUGCUCGGGCACAGAGGUCCGUGCCGCGUGCGACUUUGGAGCGUCGGAGCCCUCCGCGCCGUGCUCGAGGCUGCUCGACCAGAUGGGCGAGGCGGUCGGCCACGUGAACCUGUACAACGUCUACGGGCAGUGCAUCUCCAGCGGGGGUGCUGUUUCCAAUGGCGCCGUUGGAAACAGCAGCGCCGACGCAGUCCGGUUGCCGUCCACGCAAAAGAUACCGUACGCGGGGGGCGGUUUCCUCGGCGGCGGCAGCGGCAAGCUCUUCUCGGGCCGCACGCGGCUGCGCGGGCCGGACGCCUGCAUCGACUCGGCCGCGGGCUCAGCGUACUUGAACCAGCCGGCCGUGAUUUUGGCGGCGCACGUCGUGAAGCAGCCCAUCCCGUGGUCGACGUGCGGCAACCAGAUCAGGUACACGUCCACGCGCAAGAACCUGCCUCGAGACACGUACCCGGCCCUGGUCAAGCGGCUGCGCGUGCUCGUCUACAACGGAGACUGGGACGCGUGCGUGCCGCACACGGACGCGGAGGCGUGGACCGCGGGCAUGGGGUACGCAGAGGCGGCGCCGUGGCACCCGUGGCGCUACAAGAACGGCACGCAGGUGGCGGGGUACGCCACGCGGUACGCCGCGAACAACUUCACCUUUGCCACCGUCAAGGGCGGCCGGCACGAGGUGCCGGAGACCGCGCCCGAGCAGGCGCUCGAGCUCCUCUCGCGGCUGGUGGGCGGCAGGCAGUUCUGA